AUGAAGUUGCAGAGGAAGUUCCUGGUCCUCUGGUUUCUCCAGAAAAUUUCACAAAAGGGCAAGCCCCCGGAACUGCAGAUACUCAACUCAAACAAUUUAGCAGAGCAGUUUCAUGGUCGAGUACUUGAGUUCCUCAACCAUGGAUGCAGUGCUCAGUUCUACAUGAUAUGGUUUUCACCAGCAACCAAGUUUGGCAAAAGAGAAGUCAUGGCCACGGACAGUCUCUUAAAAUUCAAUCCUAAAGGGUGCUUGAUGAUCCUAUCAAAAAGCAUGGAUUCAGGAAGUGGAUACAGAAUCCUGAAGCCGCUUCUAGAUCGAGGAUUCAAAGUAAAAGCAUUAACACCAGACCUGCCCUUUCUAGUCAAGAACACCCCAGCUGAAACUUGGCUUCAAGAAUUAUGA